AAACGACCAAAGACAUAAAAAAAAAGAACUUCCUGAAGUGAAAGGUCACGCUAACGUUUUUAAAAACAUGGAUCCGAACAGAGGAGACAAAACGAAUCGUGAUGGAGACAUUUCUUCAGUCAUGGGAUUUUCGGGGUUUGGGAAGAAAGCCCGCACGUUUGACCUGGAUGCAAUCUUUGAACAGACGAGACGAACAGCCAUCGAAAGGAGUCAGCGUGCACUGGAGGACAGACAGAAGGAGUUUGAGAUGAAAGAAGUGGGAGAAAGUUCUACGUCUGUGAAGGCACCAGUCAACACACACAAGGAAAAAGCUGCUGCUUCCAGAAAACAGGAGAGCGACAGCAGCAGUGACGACAGCUCAGACUCGGACUCGGAGCCUAUUGGACCUCCUCUUCCUCCUCAAAACACAACACAGAAUAAUGAUGAUGAAGAUGAUGAUGAUCUUGUGGGGCCGCCUCUUCCACCAGGUUACACUGGCAGCAUGGCUCAGAGUGAUGAUGAUGAUGAUGAUCAGGAAGACGACGAUGAUGAUGACAAUCCAGUGAAGAAGAUUCCAGACUCCCAUGAGAUCACGCUGCAGCACGGAACCAAGACGGUGUCGGCGCUCGCCUUGGACCCGUCGGGAGCCCGUCUGGUGACGGGUGGAUACGAUUACGACGUACGUUUCUGGGACUUUGCCGGCAUGGACCAGGCUCUGCAGGCCUUCAGGACGCUGCAGCCCUGUGAGUGUCACCAGAUCAAGACUCUGCAGUACAGCAACACCGGUGAUGUCAUCCUGGUCAUUUCCGGAAACGCACAGGCCAAAGUGUUGGACCGCGACGGCUUCAAUGUGAUGGAGUGUGUGAAGGGAGACCAGUACAUCGUGGACAUGGCCAACACCAAGGGUCACACGGCGAUGCUCAACAGCGGCUGCUGGCAUCCCAAGAUGAAGGAGGAAUUCAUGACCUGCUCCAACGAUGGCACCGUCCGCACGUGGGACGUGAAGUCAGAGAAGAAGCACAAGUCCGUGUUCAAGCCCCGCUCUUAUCAGGGGAAGAAGGUCAUCCCCACGUGUUGCACCUACAGCCGUGACGGGAAGCUGAUCGCCGCCGGCUGUAACGACGGCACCAUCCAGAUCUGGGACAGAAACCUCAGCGUGCACACAAAGUUCCACUGUCGACAAGCCCACAGUCCAGGAUCCGACCCUUCCUGUAUCUCCUUCUCCUACGACGGCACGACUCUGGCUUCACGGGGGGGUGACGACACUCUGAAGAUUUGGGACAUACGGAACUUCAGGAAGCCAGUGAACGAGGCCGCUGGAUUAACCAACUACUUUGCCAUGACGGAAUGUUGCUUCAGCCCAGACGACAAGCUUCUGGUCACUGGGACGUCGGUGAAAAGAGAGCAGGGGAAUGGAAAACUGGUCUUCUUCGACCGAGCCUCCUUUGAGAAGGUCUAUGAAAUAGAGGUCACCAACGCAAGUGUGGUCCGCUGCCUGUGGCAUCCCAAACUAAACCAGAUAAUGGUGGGAACUGGGAACGGUCUGGCCAAGGUCUACUACGAUCCCGUCAAAAGCCACAGGUACGUACACUGUUGUAAAAAAAAAAAAAAAAAGUUACUNAAAGAGAAACACGCAGAGACGCUAACACAGGAUUACAUCAUCACACCUCACGCUCUGCCCAUGUUCAGAGAGGCCCGGCAGCGCAGUACACGAAAACAGCUGGAGAAGGACAGGCUGGAUCCCAGGAAGUCCCACAAACCUGAGCCGCCCGUGUCUGGACCAGGUCGCGGCGGCAGAGUGGCGGCUCACGGCGGCACCUUGUCCUCGUUCAUCGUGAAGAACAUCGCCUUGGACAUAACGGACGACAGUAACCCCCGAGAAGCCAUCUUACGUCACGCCAAGGAGGCCUCCGAGAACCCGUACUGGGUCGCCCCGGCGUACAAACAGACGCAGCCUGAGCCUCUAUUUGCUGAGGAAUCAGACGAGGACGAAGAAGCUAACGACGAACCGGAGUGGAAGAAACGCAAGAUCUGAAAAAACUUCGUCAGAAGUUCCAUUUACCAACGCGGAGUCAGGAUCGAUCAUGGAAGACCAGAAAUUAAUGUUUUUAUCUCUUCUAUGUUUUUUGUUUUGCCUUUUGUUUUGAUUUUUUAGCAUCGUGUAGAAUAUUGUCUUCUUUUUUUUUACCAUCGUGUCUACAGUCUCAUCCUCGCCCCGUGUGUGUGGACGAAAUCCCCUCCAGGGUCUUGGGACUGAUUAAAGCGACUAAAGCAAAAUGUAAAUAUAUACAAAGCCUCUUUCACUGUUGAGUUUCCUGAGUUCUUCUGUGUCUGACUGAGUUGAUUUGUGUCUCGUAAAUCUGACUGAACCAGAAACGAAGAAAUACAAAAAAAAAACACAACUUCUUGGCAAUAAAAGCUUUGGUUGUU